GAUCGGUUGUUUGGCCUUCACAAACAAACGCUCCUUACAAGCAAAUCAUGAGUCAAUACGUGCAUGUACCUAAAUCAGAACUCGACGAGGCUCAGCUGCGCCAGCUGGAAGAGCACGAAAUCAGCCAGGGGCCCCUUUCAGUGCUGCAACAGGCAGUCCGCAACCAUGCCCAAGUCCUCAUUUCUUUGCGAAAUAACAAAAAGCUUCUUGCUCGUGUAAAGGCCUUUGAUCGCCACAGUAAUAUGGUACUUGAAAACGUCAAAGAGAUGUGGACCGAAGUCCCUAAGGGUAAGAACAAGAAGCCAGUCAACAAGGAUCGGUUUAUCAGCAAAAUGUUCUUGCGCGGAGACUCGGUGAUUCUUAUUCUGCGCAACCAAGCUUAGAUCUGUACCGAACAGUCUUCAAGGGCCGAGUGCACUCUGUGGCCCAACUCAUCCCUUGUGCGGUUCUACUCCAUGUAUAGAAUUUUCUCGGGCUUGCUCCGACACUGCACUACAUCAUCCUAAAAACCACUGAAAAUCAGAUACUUGUAAAGGAGAUACGAAUCUAUGAUGGGGCAAAAUUUCGAAAGAAAAUGUGAUGUGGUUGAGGAGCUACAAAAGUUUCGCUGAAAGUUUUGAUAUCCCAGAGAAUGAUAGUACCCUAGCUUACUUGCAUUCGAAGCGGAUCUGAAAAGUACGUCGUGCAUGUGAAUUAUAUUGGGCUCAAUCUUCGUAGUACUGUCUUUGGGUUC